CUGGAGAUUUUCUCACAGAUAUUUAUCCCAAUAUUAUAGCCAUGGGUUUUCCUGCAGAGAAUCUGGAAGGAGUCUACAGGAACAAAUUAGAAGAUGUCGUUAAAUUUUUCAAUGAAAAACAUGGGGAAAGGUACAAGGUGUACAACUUAUGCAGUGAGAGGAAUUACGAUACGACCAAAUUCUACAACCGGGUUGCACAUUAUCCUUUUGAUGACCACAACCCACCGAGAUUAGAACUCAUCAGACCGUUUUGCGAAGAUCUGGACAACUGGCUUGGGGCCGACGGUCAGAACGUGGCUGCAAUACACUGUAAAGCUGGCAAGGGUCGGACUGGUGUGAUGAUCUGUGCGUAUAUGUUACAUAGGAGACUGUAUCAGACGGCGAACGAGGCAUUAGAUUUCUAUGCAUCAAAGCGGACGAAGAACAGGAAGGGAGUAACGAUACCGUCACAACGGCGGUACGUAGAAUACUACGGCGAUCUGAUAAUUAGAGAACUGGACUACAAACCCACGACGCUUCUCCUGACCCGCAUUGAUCUGGAGACGGUGCCUAUGUUUAACGGCGGUUCAUGCGCCCCAGCGUUCGUCAUUUACCAACAAAAAGUCAAGAUCUUCUCAUCGCAACCGUACGAGGUGGCGAAAAAGGAGAGGAGCGUGAGGUGCGAGUUCCCGCUGCCCGUGCCAAUCUGUGGGGACAUCAAGAUAGAGUUCUUUAACAAACCAAAUAAACUCAAAAAGGACCGGAUGUUCCAUUUCUGGUUCAAUACCUUCUUUGUGGCCAACUCCAACCUCCUCAACUCAAGCAGCCAGCACGAUCUUGCCAACAACGGUUCCGACAACUCAUCGCACUGCAGUGAAGACGUCGAGGCUUUAGACGCAGACUGUACGGUCCUGAGGUUACGGAAAGACCAGUUAGACCGUGCUAACAAAGACAAAACAAACAAGUGGUAUUCCCCUAAUUUCAAGGUCAUCUGUUACUUCAAACAGGUGGAGAACGAGAAGCCCAGGAGACCGUCGGGGGACAGCAACGACCACUCAUCGGGUACGAGUAGCGACCACGAGAACAGCGACGGAGGAGACAUCUCGGAAACAGACUCAGAAUCAGAAUGGGAUGUGACGGAGAUCACCCAUGUAUGACAGCGGCAGAUCAAAGGUCUGCUGCUCGGACAGUAUCUCCAGAGGCUGCAGAAGCCUCCAGUAGAUUAGUAGACGAGAUGCAAGCGCUGUCUGGCUGUAUGCAAGCAGUGGAUAGGGCAUGCUCCAUCUGCGCUCCUCCUCGACGAGGUUAGACGCAUCGUCUAGAUAUUAAGAAGGACUGCAUGUAUUGAAGAGAGUGUCAUUCGCUUAUUUACCUCAGUGGGUUGAUGGAGAGAGGGAGAGACGAAGCCAUACUGUCGCCUCUUCAACUUAAUUUGUUUCAUCGGUUGGUUGGUCUCCCAACUGAAACCGCACACUAGAGGGCGACAUUUUCAGCUCACAUCGUCGGUUGGCACGUGCGGAGAUAUACGACGUGGAAGACUCACCGGUCAAAGUUCUUCCAGCUUCCAUAGUGGAUGUAUCUGUAAAAAGAGGUAAAGACAUUGCUGAUGUCAAAGCAACAUUUAUAAAACAUAAUGUUAUUAAUUGCAUACACAGAAACUCAUCAUUCGACUACAAUUUUGUUCGGUAUCCACACCUGAUUAUAUUUCAUCACUUUCAAUAAAAUGGUGUCCUCAUUUGUUGCUAAUUCUGUAUCAACUCCGGAACCAUAAUUCUAUUGAUCCUGCAUGAUACAACCUAAGGGAACUGGGUACGCCUUGUCCAUAAUCCUCAUGACAGACUCUGCCCUUAGGCUGUGGCUUAUUACGAUCAAUGCGUUUAUGGGAAUGUCAUCAUUGUACAUGGUAAGCCUUGGAUGUCUGUAGCCCAAGAAGACUAUAACAAGGUUUAGCAAGGCAAGGAUGGAUGAUUUUGUAGCCAAUCCUACAAAAUCGCAUGAGACCGUGAUCGUUUGUAUUACCAAAGCAUUCAGUGGAAUUGAAAUUGUAUAUUUAUAAGUUUUAGAUAGGGAAAGUCUUAUAGGCUUGAAAUGCAAUUACCGUUCUCCUUACACGAUGGAUUGAAGUUGUCCCACCGGCGAGCACUUCAAGCAUAUGCGAUGCCAAAUGUUUUGCUCUGUGAGAUGUUUAGAGGUGUAAUGUUCUUGCCAAGUGUGCCCCUCACCACCCACACACACACACACACACAUCACGGGAGGCUAUCUUGUAGGUCUGCCCCAUCUCUGAUGUGAGGAAAACGAGUGGGGCAAAACUACUCCGAUGCGCAACCUGUGGGCUCAGUGACAUAUGGCUUAGCGGUUAAUGGUAUGACAAACAUUCAGGAUUGAUUGCAUUUACCACAAUGUACAUCGAUGACAAAUCAUACAUUUUAGCGCUAAGCAAUGUGUUAUUGGACAAAGAUGUACGGUCAAACCUGCCCUAGUGGCCUCCAGUAUAGAAAGGCCACCUGUCUGUAAAGACUGCUGUUUUGGUUUCCCUUCGAUAAUUUUCUCCAUGGAAACAUGUAUUACAGGAAAUCUGUCCACAGGGGAACCUGCUCAUAAAGUCUGCUUUUCUUGUCUCUCAUCGGUGGUCAUUAUAGGCAGGUUUGACUGUUCGUAGCCAGCUAAGUGACAGUUGAACCCAGAUGUUAAAGGACAAGUCCACCCCAACAAAAAGUUGAUUUGAAUAAAAAGAGAAAAAUCCAACAAGUAUAACACUGAAAAUUUCAUGUAAAAUAAGAAAGUUAUGACAUUUUUAGGUUUCGCUUAAUUUCACAAAACAGUUAUAUGCAUAUCCUGGUCAGUAUGCAAAUGAAGAGACUGAUGACAUCAUCCACUCACUAUUUCUUUUGUAAUUUAUUAUAUGAAAUAUUCUUUAUAUUUUCUCCUCAUUGCCAAAAGCCACAUCAAUUAAACCUUGAAUAUGUGGAAUUAGCAAUAUUUGAUACUAUAUGGUUCAGUCAAGUUGGUCCUUAUUGUCAAAUCUGUAAAAAAAUUAAAUAUUGUAUAAUUCAAACAAUAAAAAACAAAAGAAAUUGUGAGCGAGGGGACAUUAUCAUCUGUCUCAUUUGCAUGUCACUGAGGUGUGCAUAUCACUGUUUCGUGAAAAAUAAGCGGAACUUAAAAAGUCAUAACUUUCUUAUUUUAUUCUAAAUUGUCAGCUUUAUGCUAGUUUUAUUUUUCUCUAUUUAUUCAAAUCAACAUUUAUCUGGGGUGGACUUGACCUUGAAUUUGACUAACUGGGGGUGUGUUUCACAAAGUGUAAAGUGUGUUAUUUAACACGUAAUUCGAUUGAUGGAUACGUGGUAAUGUGCAUUCCAUUCACAUGAUCCGACCAAUGUGGUGAUGCGUUUUAAAGCGCACACAACUGCACUUUCAGUGCGACUCUAAUUUACACUGAUCUCGUGCUACACCCUCAAGUUGUUGUGGAGACCAUUUUGGAUAGGACCAAACAGAAAUGAGACAAAAUGGAAUUAAGUCAAAGAGC